UUGAUCGGUACCUACCCAAGUUAAUUAUUUAUUUAGUUAAAUAUUAUAUUAUAUGAAUCAGUAGGCACUAUAAUAAGUGUAUAACCGAAAAUAAUUCAUCGGAAAGCGGAAACGGUGUUCGAUUAUAUUCACUUAAUGACUCAUACAUACCUGUUGUGAAUUUGUAUUAUUAAUCAGUAUUUACCAUAUUUAACAACAACCUAUCACUAUUAGACAUUAUAGUAGUACCUAGUAUCACUUAAGAAUCAGUCGAAUCACGUUUAUCGCUUUAGUCAGUUUACCGUUUAAAUAAUACAAAAUAAUUUAGUCUCGUUUUUAUUGAGUUCAAAUUAAAUGAAAAAUAUCGGGUACAGUGCUUUGUAGUUAUUUCUUGUGACAUUAGUUAUGACCAUGUUCUAUUUGGAAGAUUUUCUGGAAAAACUUGAACUUUUACCGCAAGAAAUCAAAAAACGGACAUCAGAAAUCGGAAAAUUGGACUCCCAAGUAGAAAAGUCAAUGAAAUGUAUAAAAAAUAAUGUAGAUACUUUAUUUUCAAAAGCUGGCACGAUGAAUCCAGAUGAUUUGAAAGAUAAUUUUAAGUCACUAAUGAAAGAAGGUGACAAAGCUCUUAAGAAAUCUGAUACAAAACUUCAAUUAGCCAACGACAUGCAAAAACUCUUGUCAAAAUACAUAAAUCGAUUGGAUCUUGAGUUGCAAGGAUUUAAAACUGAAUUGGAAGCUGACAAAAGUGGAAUCACUGAAAUUAUUGAAAAAAGAAUUUUAGAUUCAGAUCAAAGCAAUACAUCCAGUCAUAAAGAAAACGAUUAUGAAACAAACAGAUAUCUUUUUGGAGAAACAGAAGAAGUCUUAAAUAAUGUUAGCAGUAUCAAUCAAAAAUCUAUUGAGGUAGCUUCAGAUGCAUCUAGCAGUGAAGAAUUAGUAUCAUAUUUGCAACCUGAUACAAAUCCUGUUAAUUCUCAAAUGGCUCCAUUUCCGUUAUCCUUCACUAUGGGGGCUAGUUGCUCAGCAAUUUCAGCAGUUGUGUCUGAAGCUAUUGUUUCUUCUCAAAAGCUAUCUCGUGGACGGAGGUCAGCUAGUUUAAAAGCAUCUUUUGAUGCAAUUAAUUAUGACCAAAUUAUAGACAAAUCGGAGUUUUUAUCAAAAGCAUUUUCCAAUAGUAAAGAAAUAUCAAAAAUUAUUUCUAGCAGUAACCAAACGAAAAAACAUAAAAAACUUAAAAGAGGAAUUGUUUGUAAAGAAAUAUCAACUGAUGAAGAUGAAUCAAAUGAUCCUAAUGAGCCUCGAUACUGUUUAUGUAAUGGAGUAGCUUAUGGUACAAUGGUGGCUUGUGAUAAUAAAAAAUGCCCACAUGAAUGGUUUCAUUAUGAAUGUGUUGGUAUUACAAAACAACCACAAGGAAAGUGGUAUUGCCCUAAGUGUAUUAUCAAACCGAAGAGAAAAAGAUAAAGAUUUUGUACUACCACAUCAUUACUUUGUUAUAUUUUACAACAGAUUUAUUGCUGUAAAAACAUUAACAUAUUGUGGUUGCUUAUACUAAUAUUUUUGAAUAUAAUUAUUGUUCCAGUUAUUUAUUGUAGGAAUAUUUGAC